AUGGUUCCCUCAGAGCCUCGUCAGACCGCAGGGUCCGAGUCCCCUGCCCGGCAGCCACGUUCCGUUCCGGCCACGGAAUCGGCAGUCGUGGGUGACGAUGGGCGGAAUUCUUCUCCAACACUGGUCGAGCCCGGCACAGAGCCGUUCCCAAUAUGCAACGUAUCACAGACGGCGAACGUUAUGACAUCGUCAGUUCACGAUGCAACGAAGCCGCGGGCUCGAGACUUGCCUGCGGCGGCUCGUCCGGUUACCCCCCUCAAUGAGACCGAAUCUCCUCUCCGUCACAGCCUGUCUACGGUCAGUCUCCCUCGGAGGACCCCAAGCUGCCGCGCGACGCGAUUAGGGACUCUCUCGAGCACCGAGUCCCUGUCUCCUGCCUCAAUCAUUUCGUCUCCGCAGCUGGCUGCCAUGGGCGAUAUCACACCCCUGCCGUCCCCAAUCGCAUAUCACAGUUCAUCUCCCUGGCGCAUCCGUGGUCGUACAGCGUCUCAAUCACUUUCAAGAACGUCCUCGACGAUAUCCAGAAGCGGCUCGUCUCUGAAUUUAAAGACCAGUGACUCUUCGCAAGUCCCCCGGUCGUCUGCGUCCAGGUCGCGAUCCAGACCGCAACAUGGCCCUAGUCGCGUGGAUGAGGAUACUGUACAGGAGGACAGUGCUGGAAAUAAAAAGACUAGCCGGCAUACGCGGAAUCGCAGUCUCAGCGAGUAUGUCCCCACCAAAGCUGUUGUGCCUCCUCCACGCUCCGGCGCGGUGCCGGGAUCCGGACCUCCCAAAACGACACCCUCCUCUAGCGAUCUGUUGGCGCCGUCGACGACUUUGCAUCGCGAACAGUACCUGGCUGUUCAACGAGGGCUUGCAUUUCCAUCCGCCCGGCCCCCAACCCCACCUCGCAGUUCACGUAGUGGUGACGAAGACGGGAAUACUGUUCCUAUCAUCAGUAGUGCCCCCUCGACAGGGACUCCUGAAGAAAUCUAUUCUGUGCGAUCCAUUCGGACGAAGCAGCCUCGAAAGUACCGCAAGUUGCGUCAGUUGGGCCAGGGAACCUUUAGUCAAGUUAGCCUUGCAGUUCGAAUAGGAGACGACGAGACAGAUAAUGCCUCGCAUGACACUGAGGGAACGCAUCGCAGAACUACCAGUAAAGUGCCGCAGAAGCUAGUUGCAGUCAAGAUCAUUGAAUACGGUCCCGCCGGCGGAGCCGAUGAGGACCGCGUAGAGGUCUCACUGAAGCGCGAAGUGGAUAUUCUCAAGUCCAUCAAUCAUCCAUCUCUGGUGCAACUGAAAGCUUUCGGAAGUGAUGAGAAGCGCGCGUUGUUGGUUCUUGACUAUUGUCCCGGCGGGGAUCUCUUCGAGUUUGCGACAUCUGGAGUGAAGCCGUUGAGUCCCGACCUUAUUAGGAGGAUCUUUGCCGAACUCGUGGCCGCUGUGCGCUACCUGCAUGCCAACUAUAUUGUUCAUCGAGAUAUCAAACUCGAGAGUAAGUCGUCUUGUCUGGGUUCUGAGUCUCAGGUCGUUGAUGCUGACUGCUUUGUAGACGUGUUGGUCAACCCGCCUUUGUCAGUCAUGCAAGAAGUGACUGAUUGGCGCACGUAUGACCGUGCAGUUGUCACCCUCAGUGAUCUAGGACUGUCAAGAAGGAUCCCUGAGCCGCCAGAAAGCCCACUGCUCCACACACGAUGUGGCAGUGAGGACUACGCAGCUCCAGAAAUUCUGAUGGGCCAGCCAUACGACGGCCGUGCCACAGACGCCUGGGCACUCGGCGUGCUCCUCUAUGCCAUGAUGGAGAACCGGUUGCCCUUUGAUGCUCUGCCAGGAACAAGAGGUGACCCAGCCAAGCUGCGUGCCCGCACGCCACACCGGAUCGCACGAUGCGAAUGGUCCUGGUAUCGAUAUGCGGAUGAAGAUGGGGAGUGGGAUCCCGAGAAAGGAAAAGACCUGGAAGGGGCUCGAGAAUGUGUCGAGGCGCUUCUGAAGCGGAAUACAAAACGAAAAAGUCUGGAUGAGAUUGCAAAGCUCAGCUAUGUCCACGACGCAAUCGAUGUGCCGAAUGGACUCAAGAGGGGGGACAAGGAGGUUCCAUGA